AUGUCGCAAGAGAUAGAUGACUUGAAGAGGAGACUGCGCCCUACACAGCGGAGGCAGUCCCCUUCCAGCUCCGACAUAUCAUCUAAUGAUGAAGAGGACGACAAUUACAGGCGGAGAUCAAGAACUCCCCUAAGUGAAACCUUCUCUUAUGAAGACAAGCACCAUCAUAGACGAAAGCACAAGGGCCCAUCCAAUAAGGGCCUGGGUAAUGAUGCCAUGAAUAAGGCUUUGGAUCAGAUCUCUAAAUCACCCUUCACGCACAAGAUAGAAGGGGCUAGGCUACCUCGGCAGUUCCAUCAACCUACGUUUACCAUUUAUAAUGGUCGAACGGACCCCGUAGAGCAUGUGAGCCAGUUUAAUCAAAGAAUGGUCAUUCACUCCCAGAACGAAGCUUUGAUAUGCAAGGUUUUCCCGUCCAGCCUAGGACCCGUAGCGAUGAGGUGGUUCAAUGGCUUAAAAACGGACUCCAUAGAUUCCUACAAGCAGCUCACCCAAGCCUUUGGCUCUCGUUUCAUUACGAACAACAGGGUUCCUCGACCUCUAAGUUCAUUGUUGUCAUUAUCCAUGCGUGAGGGAGAAACUCUAAAAGCAUACUCGGACAGAUAUUGGGAAAUUUAUAACGAGAUGGACGGCAACUUUGACGACGUCACCAUCAGCACUUUCAAAAGCGGUCUCCCAACCAAGCACGGCUUAAGGAAAUCCUUGAUUGGCAAGCCUGUCACCAGCAUUCGUCAACUUAUAGACCGGAUUGACAAAUACAAAAGAGUGGAAGAGGACCAGCUGCAAGAGAAAGGGAAGGAAAAGAUCAUCCCUCAAAAGCGGAAUGAUUUCAGGUCGGAACGAUACAACAAUAACCAUCCGAUGAGAGAUUUCGUAGGGCACUCAGGAUCAACCAACACGCAGAUGGUUAACACUGUAUUCAGAGAACCGGUACACCAAGUUUUAGAGAAAUUCAAGAAUGAGCCAUUUUUCAAAUGGCCGAAUAAGAUGACUGGAGACUCCACAAAGCGCAACUAG